UCCUCUCCUCCCCGUCCCCUACCGGCCUACCCCCUCUUCGUCGGCGCUCCCCCGCCGCCGGCCGCGGCCGGCCGGCGUCCUCCCAGAUCGGCGCCCCAGCCGCAGCUUUCCGCGCGUUCCGCUCCCUCUCCUGACACCCACGAAACCCCCAGUAGCAGCCCCGUCCCACUCUCCCCCUCCCUUGCUCGCGGCCAGGCAUGGAGAACAACAAGAAGCGUUGGAAGGCGGCCCAGGAGGGGCAGGGCGGCGGCGGCAGCGGGCACCGAGUGGAUCUGGAUGACGAGGACGACCUCGAGGAGUUCCGGCUGCCGAUGAGCCACCGGCCGACCGAGAACCUCGACACGGAGGGGCUCGAGCAGGCCUCCGUCCACACGCAGCUCACCGCCUCCAACGUCGGCUUCCGGCUGCUCCAGAAGAUGGGCUGGAAGACCGGCAAGGGGCUCGGCAAGAACGAGCAAGGUAUACUAGAGCCAAUAAGAGCUGACAUCAGAGAUGCAAAAUUAGGUGUUGGGAAACAAGAGGAAGAUGACUUCUUCACAUCUGAAGAGAAUGUACAAAGAAAGAAAUUGAAUAUUGAACUUGAGGAGACCGAGGAACAUAUAAAGAAGCGUGAGGUCAUAGCAGAGCGUGAGCACAAAAUCCGCAGUGAAGUCAAGGAGAUACAGAAGGUGUUCUUUUGCAGCCUCUGCAAUAAGCAAUACAAGCUGGCUCAUGAAUUUGAGAGUCACUUGAGCUCAUAUGACCACAAUCAUAGGAAGAGGUUUAAAGAAAUGAGAGAAAUGCAGAGCAGCAGUGGUAGCCGUGAUGACAGGCAGAAACGUGAACAACAACGGGAAGAGAAGGAACUAGCAAAAAUCACACAACUGGCAGAUGCUCAUAGGAAGCAGCAGCAGAAGCAAGAAAAUUCAGAGGCCCCAGCAGAGAGUGCUGCACCAAAAAACAUUGCGGGCCCUAGCAAUCAGGAUCAGCGGCGGACAUUGAAGUUUGGAUUUUCCAAAAUGGCUCCUUCCAAGGUUCCAGUCGGCAAUGCCAGCAAGAAACCAAAGGUGGCUACAAAAGUUUCUUCAGUUUUCGGCAAUGACAGUGAUGAGGACUCGUGAUCUUUGCCAGAGGGUGGUAGCACUUGCAUGGAAAAUGACUUCAAAGGCCCCAUGGGAGUGUGAGAUGCCAUGUAUGUAUCACCUUCUGUUGUGCCACUGGCUUGGUCCUGCUACGAAUGGUGGGCAUCUGGACAGCCUCAUAUGAACAAACAGGAACUUGAGCACAGCCCCGAGAAUUGUAUGGACUGGAGGGUACACUGUGCAAGGAAUCUGUAUUAUUCUUGCUGGAUUUUUGAAAGCUAUUUAUACCAAUUCGUCCUUGCAGUGGGGCAAUGCCCUUUAAUUUGGAGACGCCCCUUUUUAGUCUGUACUAUCAUUGUUGGCUUUUAAUGUAAUACCUUUGUAUUAGAUGCUACUGUUGAGUCACAUUUUGUAUCGCAAAGUUGAAAGCUUCUUGUUCGGGUCCU